GUCGGAUUUAUGUAAACUACAACAUUGUAACAAAAUGGCGACUGUUUAGGUCACGUCAGUAAUGCAGGGGCAGCACUGUAAUUUCUUACAAAUCAACUGAUACAAGUCAAGGUCGUUUGGUAACUGUCCCAACCUUCAAGGAAUUUACGUUCUGGCUACUUUCGUCGUCUUUUGUGAGGUGACGUGAGUUACUACCUUGGAUGAGGAUUUACAGCAGGAUUGUAUGUAUUGAUGCUGAGGUGGAACCGUACCUUUUUUUUUUGACCUUUUCAAGAUGUGUUGGAUGUACCAAACGUUUCACAACAAGGGGGAAUCUCUAUGGGUCAUUUUUUCCUGAAUCUCAUCGAUUUAACCAUGGUGAAACUUCCCAAUCCUCUGUAUACAGAGUGGAUUCUAGAAGCAAUACAGAAGAUCAAAAGGCAAAAACAGAGGCCUUCCGACGAGCGGAUUUGUCAUGCAGUGGCUACUUUACACAGAUUGGACAAGCGGACCGUUUUGGAACAGUUGGAUUUAAGUGUUCAUGAUGGUUCCAUUCUCAAAGUCACCAAUAAGGGGAACGUGUCGUACAAAGACCCCAAUCACCCUGGGAGAGGAUUAUUAUUAUCAUCAUCAUCAUCAUCAUCAUCAUCAUCGCUCAAACCUGUAAGUGCAAACCUCUCUAUUCCAUCGUCUAAAGGAUCUAUAUGGAAGCCGAGUGACCUACGCCACGUUGAUUGGAAUAAAGUCCUGAGGAGAGCCAUCGAGGGUCUGAAUGAUAGCCGUGGUUCCUCUCUGAAGAACAUCCAGAGGUACCUAAGGAACCAGGAUGAUCCAUCACACGUCCAGGACAACCCAGGGUUCCAGCAGAGGUUACGGCUGGCCGCUAAAUGGGCGGUCAAAAACGGCCGGCUGGCAAAGGAUGGUCCGCGCUACAGGUUGAACCAGGGGGUUAAUGGAGCUGAGGGUAGGAGCCAGAGGUGUCCAGGUGCUUCCCCAUUGGCUCUUCUGUGUGUCACUCUUCUUCCACAUGAGAGAGACCAGCUACGCGCUGACCCCAUCCCAAUAUGCAGUUUCUGUUUGGGAACGAAAGAGUCCAAUCGGGACAAGAGGUCAGAGGAGCUUCUGUCCUGUGCAGACUGUGGAAGCAGCGGGCACCCGUCUUGUCUGAAGUUUUCCCCAGAGCUGACCACUAACGUCAAGAGAUUGCGAUGGCAAUGUAUAGAAUGUAAAACAUGUAGCUCCUGUCAAAUACAGGGCAAAAACGCUGACGAGAUGCUGUUCUGUGACUCCUGUGAUCGGGGGUUUCACAUGGAGUGCUGCGACCCGCCUCUCUUAAGGAUGCCAACAGGUACCUGGGUUUGUCAGGUCUGCAGGCCCAAGGAAAAUGGAAAGACAUUUCUGCAUAUGAAAGCCGAUCAGAUCAAACGUCGAUAUGCAAAGCCAAUCGGGAGGCCCAGAAAUAAGCUCAAACAAAGAAUGUCUGUAAGCAGUGGUGAUGGCUCCAUGCUAGCCCGGGGAGGAAGGGGGUCACCUGGUAGGGGUCAAAAGCUUACCGUCUGUUCCACACCUUCAUCUGGUCAUGCAGCAUCUGUGAAGAACGCCACAGACAGAUUGGCUGUUGCUACAGCUGACCCCUGUUGGGCAGGUGACGCUGUCACUCCCCCUCCCCAAUUCACCACCUCCUCCUCCACCCUCUCCACCACUCCCCCCCUCACGCCCACCUCGUCCUCCUCCUCCACCCCAGCAGCUAUACUCACCGUUAACAAGAAAACCAAAGGGCUUAUCGAUGGGCUUUCCAAAUUCUUUACACCCUCACCUGUCGGUCGUAGGUCGUCGCGAGCCGGCGAGAUCUUAGACCCCUCAGCCUCGAAAGGAUCACAGUCUUGUUGUCCUGCUAGGAAAAAGCCUGUCCCUCCGCCAGAACUAUGGAAACUAAGUCAAUCUCCGUCAGUUGUUGUUGGCAUGGCUGCAAAGCUAACCACCACCACCCUAUCUCCCUGUACACUCCCCCUCUCUCCCCCACCCACGUUGGCUGGACAGGGCUCCACCACCUCCCAGGUAUUCUCCACCUCUGCUAACUCCCCCCCGAGUUCUUCCAGCCAGUCUAGCGUCCCCUCCCUUACUAUUUUGUCUGAUCACAACCAGCUCAAGGGACUCUUUGACGGACUCUCCCAUAUCUAUGCCACUCAGGGACAGUCUCGGAAAAAGGGACUGCCUUGCUACGCACCAGCUAAGCGCAGGCACCAUAAGGCAUCCAAAACGUGUCCUCUCAUUCCCCAUCCUUCCCAGCAGCACCUUGGAAGGAAAGAGAGAAUAAAGAAUCGGUUGCUGUUGUUGUCCCAUUCAUCUCCUAACGCCUCUUCCCAUCCUGGGCACGGCCGGCCAAGGGGGCGCCCCUUUAAGUUGGUCAGUCAUUUCAGACGUAACCCCUUUUUUAGAAAGCACAGAAUGCUAGGCAGGCUAAGAUGUAGAAUGACCCCUCAGAAGGGAAUCCAGGAAAUGACCCCUCAGAAGGGAACCCAGGAAACACCAGGAAAGGGAGACAUGACAGACGAAGGAAGAAUUAAGACAGAGCACCACCAUGGCAGUGAAGUGGGGCUGAGGGUGAAGCAGGAACCUGGAUUCGUAGCGGUCUCCGGGGAACACGUCACAGAGGAAGACGUGGAGAUAUUCACACAGGUCCAAGAGAUCUCGUCGCAGAGAAAUGGAACCAUGACCAUCACUGACUCUGGACGAUUCCCUGCCUUCAUAGAGUUUGGGAAGUAUUGUAUCCAAACCUGGUACUCUUCGCCUUACCCACCUGAAUACUCAAGAUUGCAUACGCUUCACCUGUGUGAGUUCUGUCUGAAGUACAUGAGAAGCAAGAACAUCCUACAGCAACACACCAAGAAGUGUGGCUGCUUUCACCCUCCGGCCAAUGAGAUUUACAGGAAGGACGACCUUUCAGUGUUCGAGGUUGAUGGAAAUGUCAGCAAGCUCUUCUGCCAAAACCUCUGCCUGUUAGCCAUGCUGUUCCUCGAUCACAAGACCCUAUAUUACGACGUGGAGCCUUUUCUUUUUUACAUACUAACAAAGAACGACGACAAAGGCUGUCACCUUGUGGGUUAUUUCUCCAAGGAAAAGCUUUGCCAGCAGAGGUACAACGUCUCCUGUAUAAUGAUCAUGCCUCAGUACCAAAGACAAGGCUUUGGAAGGUUCCUCAUUGAUUUCAGUUACCUUCUCUCGAGGCAGGAAGGACAAGCUGGCUCCCCAGAGAAACCUCUGUCAGAUCUGGGUCGCUUAUCCUACCUGGCAUAUUGGAAAAGUGUCAUGGUGGAGUACCUCUAUAAGCAGCCAGAUAAACACAUCAGCGUUAAAGGAAUAAGCAAGGCCACCGGGAUGUGUCCACAUGACAUUACUUCUACUCUCCACAACCUCCGCAUGAUUGACAGACAGGACGGCAGGUUUGUGGUGAUCCGAAGAGAGCGAUUGAUCCAGAGACACAUGGAGAAGCUGCGAGCCAGCCCCAGGCUGAACCAGGUCGACCCUGACGCCCUGCACUGGACCCCCGCUGUGGCCCUCAACUCUGUCCUGUCUGAGGAGGAGAGAGAGGCUGAGAUGGAUGCUGAGCGACUUAAGGAGCAGGCUAGUUGUUGGGAGAAGGAGGAGAGAGAGGUGGUCCACCUGAUGACUCACCCUCGUCCUCCCACUAAGGUCUACAGUAAGAAGCCCUGCAGAACCUACCAGCGUCGCCCCACCGCCGGAGAACAAGGCUUGCACGUCUCUGACGAGUGCAGUGAGGACGAUGAGGAUGGUUUUGAUUGGUCGCUACCCAUCCUAGCGAAGGCCCACGCCGUACUUGGAGACAAGAGAAAGAGAGAUGAGAGAGCUCUGGUCCUCAAGAAGAGAGGUCAGGAGAGGAGAGGGAUAAGUAGCAGUGUGACAACUGAGACCAUCUCGGAGACGACGGAGGUUCUGAAGGAACCGUUUGACAACUCGUCGGACGAGAGGCCCAUGCCCCUGUUGGAGAGGACCUGCAGGGUGGGAGAGACGGAGGAGGAGCUGCUUAGGAAACCAGUAAAGAGAUGCAGAGGUCGUCCACGGCUAGAGAAAAACAUGUACAGAGACAAUCACUGGAACGAAGGGGCCGGUGUGCUAGUGAAGAAACCGGGCAGACCUCGAGCAGUAAAGCGCAAGAAGGGCUGGCCCAAAGGAGUGAAACGGGGGCCUCCAAAAUGGCGUCUGAAGAAGGAGAGAAAGAUGGGAUUCAAGCUGAACCUGUACACACCCCCGGAGACGCCGCUGGAGGCCGAGGAGCCCCACAUCCAGGCUGAAGAGCCCAAGGAGGAGCUGGACCAGGCCUCUCCCAUAAUGGAGGCAGGGUCAGAGCCCCGCAGAGGCCUGGCCAGUCAGGAGAUGGACAAGAAGAUAGCCUUGGAGCCUUCAGAGCCCCAAAGUUCCAUGGAGGAAGAGCGCUCCCCUGGGGUGUCUCCUGUGACUUCUCCCAUGGCCUGCUCUCUGGUAGCCUCCCCUAUAGCCUCUAGAGCUAGCUCCCCUGUCUGCUCCCCCGUCAGCUCCCCCAGUCGUGACAACAGUCAGGAGGUGUCAGAGCCACCAGAGGAUGACCCACAGGACAAGGAGCACGGGGCCUCUCCAUCCCCCUCUCUGUCUCCACCCAAAGAGCUGAAACACAGCACUGAACGAUCAGCUGUAGAGGAUGAGGCCACGCACCUGGAUGCGGACGAUGAAGACGAGAGUCACAUUGAGUCGACAGCAGAGCCAGAGAAACACGGAGACGUGCAGCAGCUGGAGCCAGGGCCUUGUAAAGAGCCUCCUAAAGCCCAGUCCUACAUCACACCGGCUUUUCUCCAUCUGAACCGUGAGGAUUCUGAACAAUGUCAGGAGGAGGAGUCUGUAGUUGUGGCUUAUAGGUGCGAGGAGGAGCAGCCUGCCAACACCGGAGAAGAGAGAAGCAAACAUAUCCAGGAACAGGCACCUACAACAUCAGCAGUAGCAGCAGUAGACUCUGACCACCCCGUUGACUCAGAGAGCAGCAGUCAGGAGGCUCCUCACCAGCCACAGCAGACACCGAACGCUAGAGAGCUGAGUCCUGCUGUCGUACUAAGAGACAGAGAGGAGAUGGAUCCCCCGGUGUACCCUGAGCCUGACGUGGACCAGGAGACGGCCCAGGCCGUACAGAGCCUCACCCAGGAGACGGCCCAGGCCGUACAGAGCCUCACCCAGGAGACGGCCCAGGCCGUACAGAGCCUCACCCAGGAGACGGCCCAGGCCGUACAGAGCCUCACCCAGGAGACGGCCCAGGCCGUACAGAGCCUCACCCAGGAGACGGCCCAGGCCGUACAGAGCCUCACCCAGGAGACGGAGCGCGACCCAGAGACAGAUAGCGUCAGCUCGGUGUUCCACCAGGACUGUGUGGAGAGAGAGACCCAGGAGGCGUGCCGGAGCCUGCAGACUUACACCCACCACGUGACGCCCCAGAGUCCCCCUCACACCCUAACUUCGCUGGACGAAGGCUGCCCCCAGUCUGACCACAGCAGCCCCCUGUCCUCGGCCCACACCCACCCCAGCCAGUCGGUGCGCUCCGUCAGCAGCCCGGCUGUGUCCAUCCUGGAGAGUAGUGGAGGCAGCGGUCCGGCUGUGUCCAUCCUGGAGAGUAGCGGAGGCAGCGGUCCAGCUGUGUCCAUCCUGGAGAGUAGUGGAGGUUACACCCAGAUCAGCCCAGACCACGCCUCCAUCUCUGUCCCCUCCUCCCUCCACAACAUGGCAACCAGCCCCAUGAUGGAUGUGCCGUCAGUGUCAGACCACUCGUCCCAGCAGGUGGUGGACAGUGGCUUCAGUGACCUGGGCUCCAUCGAGAGCACCACAGAGAACUACGAGAACCCCAGCUCCUAUGACUCCACGCUGGGGGGCAGCAUCUGCGGUGGGGCCGGGGGUCCCUCUCAGAACAGCUGCUCCUACGGCCCCCUCCCCCCUAGCGGCCUGGCGCAGAGUAGCUGUGCCGUUAGCCAGCAAAUGGCGGGCGUCAACCCUGGCAGCUGUGGUAUGAUUCAGCAGAAUAGCCUGAGCUCCCCGCAGCACUGCAACGUCAAGUCACCACAGGGCUGUGUGGGAGUGGUGGAGAGACCACCGAGUCACAGUCAACACAGUCACAGUCAACACAGUCACAGCCAUACAAUCCCACACAAUCCCCAUGGCCAUACUAGGCACACAAUCACUCCACACAGUCUGCCUCACGGUGCGCCACACAAUCAACACAGCCAGCUAACGCAACACAACCCAUACACACACCCGCACACACACCCUGCACACAGCCAGCUACAUAGUGUACGACACAAUCAGCUCAGCCAGCAUGGUCAACACACCCUUCACACUCAACACGGCACCAGCCAGCACAGCCACUGUCAGCAGCAGACGAUGGCACAGUGUGUCAUUCCCACCAACUUCACAGUGCCCAUGCAGCUAGCUGACAGCCCAGAUUCAGGCAGCUCCAACCUGAGCAGCUUCUACGAGAGGAUAAACCAGGAGGGCUAUAGCAGCGGUCAUUACUCCCAGCCCUCGGCCACCUUCAGCCUGGCCAAACUACAACAGUUGACCAACACCCUGAUCGACCACCCUCAUUCUCUGCCUUUCAACCACCCCCACUCAACCUCCCACCCCAUCACAUCCUUUACAAACAGUGCCUCCCUGUCAUCGCACUCUCAGCACUCUGGCCUGGUGUCUCUAUCCCAGUCCCCACAUCCCCAUGGCCCCCACGGGGCCACUCCUCACCCUGGGGCCUCCCAGGUCCAAGUACAGGCCACCAUGACCCCCCCUCCGCCCUCCUCCCACCCCCUUAGCUCCCCUCAGAUGAUGCUGCAACGCAACGCCAUGGGUAUCCCCAACAUCACCCCCUCCCAGAGGACUCUACAGGCUCAGAUGGCCUCCGGAGGACACAAGUGCCCCACACACAUCUCCAUGCGCUCCAAGUCAGCGGCCCCUGGUCACUCCGCCCACCAGCAGCAGCAGCACCAGCAGCAGAUGUAUAGCCAUGCCCACGGGGCCCCCCAGACAGUCACCAUGCAGGCCCCCUCGUCCCGGACACUUGCUGCCAUGCCCAGGGGCAUGAACUUGGGCACGGUCAACAUCAUGCCAGCCUCCUACAACCACGCUGUGAACAUGCCCACUGCCGCCGCCAUCAACCACGCCAUGAAUGGCUACCGCGUCAACGGUGGUUACCCCGGCAGCCAGAUGUCGAGUCAACAGAUGGCUGCGGCCUACAUGAACCAGUCGCCCGGGUCCCAGUACGCCUCUAUGCAGAUGGGCAUGAUGGGAACGCAACCAUACCCCCAACAGCCCAUGCAGGCUCCGCCCCACGGCAACAUGAGGUUCUCUUCAGCCGGUCACCAUGGAUACAUGACCAACACCGGAACUAUGUCCAAGCAGACACUCAAAGGGCCUUUCAUCAGACGGUAACCCACGGUUACUAAACUAACAGUUAACUAACAGUUAACUAAACGGUAACUACCGACAGACUGAAUCAAUCUGACUGGAUGUUUAAAUCACACAAAUGUGCAUUAUUAAUUAUUAUUACUAUUCGUCCCUGAUGCACACAUUUGGCCUUUUUGGUUGUUGAUAAUGUUUGUUUGUUGUAAUUUUGUUAAUAGUUACUUAAAAACCAGCACUUGGAAAGAAUGCAUCAAGUUUGAUCAACAAGCAAACUUUCUACAAAAAGCUACUAUCUAUAUAUGUCAAAGUAUUUUUGUUCCUAACAGAUGGGAAGCCUUACGUCAUAGAGAUGAACAUUUAUUUAAUUAGUAUUAGUUUCCCUGAUCAGUCCGUAGGGCAGGCAGGGUAGGGGGCCAGGGGGGAGACGGGCGAGAGAUUUCAUCACCGGGAGGGAGAGCGUGAGUGUAGUUAUGUAGCAGCCUCAAAACGAAGCCAUCUAAUGUGCCUGCUACAAACAGAUUUCAACUAUUGGAUAUUCCUAGAACCUGUUCAUUGUACCUGUCUAACAGUGCUGACAAUUAGUUUGUACUAUACUCAUGCCUUUGUAUAUUUAAAUUAUUGUACUUAUUUUGUAAAGUGACAAUUAGCAUGCAUCGGUCUUCGGUCUUCAUUAGUAACAGUGCAUUGAGUAGUACUGUACAAGUGUUGUGCUUAAUAGCAGACAUUUUAAAGACAUUUUAAAGACAUUUUGGCCUUUUGUUAGAUUCCCUCGCUUACAAAGCGGGGGAGAAAGAUGAAACUAUAUUUUGUUAAUUCUAAUAAUAAUGUAAAAAAAAAAUGGUCAACUUCUUUAAUCCUGUUCUUCUGUACGGUCGAGAGGCUUUAUUACCAUGUAUGUAUAAUUCUGAAGUCUUUUGUAACAGAUAUCUUUGAGGCAGCUUUCUGUUUUAUAAUGCAGAAGACUUCUGUCAAGAUAAAUAAGCAUAUUGCACCCCUCACUCUGAUUUUGUUUUUACAUUUCAGAGGUGUACCAAUGUCGAAAAGUGUUGACAUAAAAAAUAAUAAUAAAGAAAUAUAAAUUUAGUCCAAAGUUGAUAUUUUACAAUUUCUUUAAAAAGUUACAUUUUCAUUCCAUCUGUAGAUUUGUUUUCUAUCUUGAUAAAAUGUUGGAUUUAUAUUUUACAAAUUGUAGGAGAAGAGAGGAUGUAAAUAGACCAAACUAAGCUGACAGAUUGCAUGUAAAAAGCCACUUGUAGUUGUGUUUUUGUUCAUAUUGCUCUUUUGUAGCCUUUGUACCUGUACAGAAUGGCUGGUAGGGACAGUCACAGGGGGAGACCUGGCUAUGUGCACAAACAAUUGGACAGAAUGACAGUCUUGUAUUUAUGACUUUUCUCCUUUGGCAGUCACUUAUAAAUGCUGUACAUUUUAGCAUAAAAUAAAUGAUGAUUGACCAUG